UCGGGGCGCUCACAUGACCGAGGGGCGGGGCGAAGAGGGUUCCCGGGCGUGUAAACCACCGCUGCGGACGUCCAGAAAAAUGAGAGGGAGGAGCCGUUGCCCAGGAAGCUCCCGUUGCCCCCCGCCCCCACCCCCAGCACGCGACCCCUCCCCUCUCUGCCCCGCCCGCCCGCCGGCCGGCCGGCCUCGCUCCCAACCGGCUUCUCUGCUUUCCCACGGCGCGAGGCCGCCGCGUCCCGAGGGCGGCUCCUCCUCUCCCCUCCCCCACCCCGCCCUCGGCCGCAGAGCGGGGAGGGGCCGCCCGACCCAGCCGAAGCCGAGCCGGGUGACACCGCGCGCUCCCUCCCCCGGCGCGCCCCGCCCCGCCCCGAGCCGAGGCGCGCGCGCGCCCCCGGCAGGCGCCGGCAUGCUAAUGAAUGGGGGCGGGGCGGGGGCGCGCGGCGGCCUCGUGCCCGCGCGUGCCGGGGGGGACGCAAUUGUGAGGUGGCCGUGACGCACAUUCCGGGGUUCUUAAGGGGCUGCGGCGGCGGCGCCGGAGCCGGUAUCGGGAGGAGGAGGAGGAGGCGGCCGUCAGGGGGGGAGGGAGGGCGCCCAGCCGGCCCAGCCCGCCCAGUGACGGUGUGUCUCACGGACCUCCCCCCCUCCCCUCCUCCCUCCAACACGCAACCCCCCCACAGCCCCGCGCCCGCCGCAGCCCCGGGCCGCUCCCGGCGUCGGUGGGGGGGCCGGCCGAGGCGAGGGGGGGCGGUCCGGCGGGGCCCCCUCGGAGCCCCGCGGCCGCGCCUGAUAAAUGGGGGAUUACGGCUUCGGGCUAGUGCAGAGCGCCCCGCUCGGCAGCAGCAGCCCCGGCCCCCUGUUCAGCGGCGGCGCCUUCCGAACCCCCCAGCUCUGCCCCUCCCUGCUCCCGGCCGCCGCCGCCGCCGCCGCCGCCGCCGCGCACGGCCGGACCAUGCAGGAUGAGCUGCUGCUGGGGCUGACACCGCCGCCGCCCGACCCCGCCCGCACCGCCCCGCCUCCGCGCCGCCCUCCCCCCCCCAGGACCCGCCGCCCAGCAGCCACAGGAGGAAGGAGCCGGCCGGCCCCCGCCCCUCCCAGCAGCCGCCGCCGCCGCCGCUCCCCACCCCCGGCCAGUCCGGCUCCCGGCAGCAGCCGCAGCAGCCGCAGCCCCGCGCCCGGCCCGGCCCGCCCCCGCACCAGCACCACGGGCCGCCCGCCGAGCCCCCCGACGCGGCCGCGGCCCCCUCGACGCCCUCGCUGAGCCUGCUGGCCCC